CGACGCAGCUGCAUUGAUCCACUCUCGAGAUAGGUAGAAGAAAAAGUCGAGCACCAACUGGUGCUGCUCUAGAAAUUCCUCACAUUUCUUGCUUCUGUAUCUUGUUCCUGUAGUUCUAGUUGGUAGGUUCUUUAUUGGUGAAAAAAUGUUUCGCAAGUUGAAAAGAAUGAAGCGAAUUUCGGUUUUGUUGCUUCUGUUUUCGCACAACGCGUACUUUUUCCAGCUCUGCGUCUGUUUGUACCAGGAGCUGUUUGAAGACUACUCUGGUGCCCCGAAAAAAACACGAAGCUCCACGUCCUCAACAGACAAAGGUACUACAGAAGAGGCGGACGCUUCGUCUUCUUGGCGUGCCAGCUUCAAUGAGGAGCUGGAAAAGCUUGUGUACGUGGGAGAGAUAGAGGAUGGGUACAACGCCGCGAUCUCCAAGCAGACACUUACGCGCGAGGCACGGGAAGUGCUUAAGGACUCAACGAAACACAGUCGGCACAAAGCGUUCUGGGACCGGUUCUUCCAUAUCAAAGUGAAAAAAGCCCCCACCCCAUAUCGGAAACAGAAGAUGCGCGAAUUUGUGAUGCUGUAUUUGAGUACACAAAUCGACUUGUAUUGCUAGAAGGCCAAGAGACGAAGCUGCGGCCUAAAUGGCAGGUAAUCUGUCAUGCUGUUUCCCACUUCCAGUUGCCUCCUGUCAUCCUGGAGCUGCAAGGCUUUCCCACGCUAGACAGCACUACAGUGCGCAUCUUUUGCCUUCUGGCAUCACAAAGGUGAUUUGUGACCCCAAAUCUGCAUCACAGAUUUCCGUUUUGAUAUGGGGAGGGGGCAUUUUUCAUUGUAAUAUUCCAGGAAGACACCUUGGUGAAACCAGACACGGCUCGGCAAAGCAGCACCCGGCAGGGCGGAGGUGAGGCCAGAAGAGCCGUGGACGGUAAGAUGAAUUUGUAACAGUAAAAAUCGUAAUUGAUGUAAUACAGAACCUAGACGACCUUACUGAGCGUAAGCAGGAAGAUGGAGCGAGAAAGAAAAAAGAACCAUUCUAUUCAUUUCCCUUCUCCAAAACCAAAUCCCUUGGCUCUGUUGUGAUCAUCUUUUUCGCAAACGACUGAAGGGCGCAGCCUGUCCGAUUGGUCCUCGCAAUCUUGCACGCACACAAAGCCUGCGGGCGAGUUGCGGCCCUGGUGGAUGGUGGAACUGGAUGCGAACAUUCCGAUCGGCACCGUUCACAUCCUGAAUCGCAAAGAAGCGGCCGAUAUGCAUUGCAAAUACGUAUUGGUCUGGACGAAAGAUGGAGCAUGUAUUGUGUGUCUUCAGUCUUUAUUUGCAUGAUUCCCCAAGAACCAGUUUUGUAUGACAAGGAAAAGUAGGAGCGCCACUUUCUUGAUCAUGCAAAAUAGACGAAGUCUGUAUAAAUGCGAAGCCCCCCGUGGGAAAAUUGUCAUGCUUUGACGCGCUAGAAAUUUUUCUGAGACUCAUUCAUAUACACUUCACAAAGUUCCAGACCCAGGAAAAAAUACCCCAUGCAUAGCCGAUCGACUGUCCGAGUUCGAGGUCCGGAUUGGAAACGAUCGAAAUCUCGCGUUGGACAAUUCCCAUUCUUCAAGUGGGAGAAGUAGAGGCUCCUCCACCAGCACUUCUUCUGGAGCUUCUUACUCGGUCUGUCGCGGCGAUUCCCGGAACCCCGGGCCGGGAGCCUGGGCGGUGGUGGACUGCAGUGGCUUUGAAGGGAAGUACCUCGCGGUCGUAUUGACCGCAGACGAUCCAAAGGCGGUGCUCACACUCUGUGAGGUAUCUGUAAGUCGCAAAAAUGUUGAUGCAAGGUGUACUGUGUGGAGCUCGAAAGUGCUACUCUAGAAAGUGAGAAAUUUAAAAGCGAUAUCAGACUCCAGCCUGUGGUGUGCCCGUUGUGCAACAGGUUUUUUCCCCUGACUAUGAUAAUGGUGCCCGUGGUCGAUUCUGCUUCUAUGCUCCACACACCAGGUUCUUGUCUACCCGCAGUCGAUUCGACAUCACCCUUUCUUCCUUUCCGCUGCCCUGGCAUUCGACGAGUAUACGCAGAUUUUGCGCAGCUCCAACGAGAAACGGGAAGCCUAUUACGUCCUUGGGUUGGCGAAGUUAAGGCAGCUACUCAGACAGUUGUUCGCGCUCGAGAAGCUGAACGGCAUGCAAGACGAGGAGAAGAGUGGCGGGAUGAGAACAAGAAAACAAAUUGCCACAAGUUCUUCGUCGAGGGUUAAGAACUCAGCGAACUGGAUCGAGCAGGUCGAGGAACUGUACACAGCGCUAUCGCUGGAACUGCCCACGGAAUUUCGCCAGCGACCGGAGAUACUGCGCAUGCGCGCCGAACUGUACGCCGAGGUCGGUUUUUCGCCCUCCUGCGCAGAGGUUUUGCAGCACGGAGCAGGAGGAGCCUCCUCAGGCGGGGACUCGGCAUCUGCCUUCGCAGGCACUGCGGACGGGUUGCCGGGACAGGAGGAGGGCGACGAUUCCGCCCUGGACACAAGGUCCACCUCCGCCAUCGCGACGCUGAAGGGCAAGGGGAAGUUGCACCAAAGGAAAGAGGCUGCGCUAGCAAAAGCAGCAAGCAAUAAUAAAGCGAUAACGGCUUCUGGUGAAAAAUUAUCCAGUUCCUCAAGUAGUACCAGUUCUAGCUCAACAAUUCCCCCCGCGGAUCAGCUGGAUGGAGCGACGAGUCCGGCGCAGAAUAGCAUCUGUUGCAAGGACAGCAUUCUCGGGACGAACAGUGGGUGCCUGUCUACUGCCUUGGCCUUGUACAAGUUUGCGGAGAACUUGGAGGAGGAGGCGGAUUUGCUAUACGAGAAAGCAAUCGAGCAUAUCCUGAGUAAAAACAUCCCCACACCAGAGUCAAGAUGGGGAUUUUGCAACACAAACCUAGAACUUUUGGGGGUCACGCAAUACAAGUUGCAGUCCGUAGUGUAGUGCAGGUUCGCAAGGCCAGCUGCAUCAGAAAUCCAUCUGCUUAUCCUGUUUACAGCAUUACAAAUUACAAAACACGACUAAAAAUGCCUCUCCUGGCGAUGCGCAUUACAAAUGUUCCUGUCAUUGCAAAUCUGCAUGACAACUCCGUAGCCAUUUUGGCUCAAGGCUCUGCCUUGUUGCCUGAGAUCCUACAAAUCUAGAAUAGGGGGAGCUAUGCCGUAGAGUAGAUUUGAUAGCUCACAAUCAUUUUACCACCACUGACACCACGUCGGUAUCUCCCCCGACUCCCUGAAGAGGAGUUUCGAAAGAAGUAGAUAAACACCCGAGCGUGGCGGGUCCGCUGUGCCCCCCUUUACAGUAGCCUACUAGAUCUCAGGCCCCCCUAUACACUAGCCGAGAUCUCAGAACCAGCGCCCCGUGCUGCCGAGUACCCCUCCUAAAAAUGACCUCCUCCCCGCCCGGACACGGCGCCUGAAUCCUGCAGCAGUCGUCCACGCACCAUCCUGCGCAGCAGCAAGGUCCUUGCUUAGCCUGACGGGCAUGGGCAGCAACUUCUCCAUGUUCGCGGCAGAACCGGAAUACGAAAUCAGACUGGGGCAGGAGUUCUGGGAAGGGUUAAGUCCACCAUGCCGCCGGUGGAUUAAGCAGCUCGGGUAGGCUUCGGCAAACGGACACCAGGUCGAGGUUUCGCGAGCGUGGAUGCCCCCCAGCUCGCCCAAGCCAGUAGCAACAAGCUCAAUCGAGUCUUGUUCCCCAGCGCAAUAGAUGCGAUCAUGUAGGGGCGCACAAUAGAUGCGAGCUCAAGGCUUGGCAGCGCUGGGGGAGAUGGUGUUGCCCACGACGCGGGAAUAUUCCCGCCGUGGAAUCGAGAAUGAACCUGGCGCCGAACGUUUUACGCUUCUGUGUUGCUCCCGCGUGGGCAGCGGUCCGCGUGCAGAAACGUGCUCUACUUGAGCAGCCUUGCCAAUCGUGUAUCUGUACCCCGCACUUUCGGUCAUGUGUAAAGCAAUCGCCGAUCAUGAUCGCCAAAUCCGGCGGUCUAGUGGAUCAGCAUUAAAUCUCGCACCUCUUACCUUUAAUUUGGAUGUUUAAACAUCACUUCAGGCUGGCGCUUGUCGCUUAGUGCCUCCAGUGAAUGCAUUCGUCCAGACAGUAACAACUGGUUUGCCGCAGGCUGCAGCUUUCUCUUGUAGUUGUUGGCCUGGCUGUACAUCCCCGUUAUAGUGGUUGCGAGUUGGAAGUUUGCGAGAAUCAGAGUAGGGAAUUGUUGGCAAAAAAAAGUGAGGCGUUGUUCAGUUGGCAAGUUGGCACAGUGUGGAUGGUUGCGUUAUUUUAUUUCACCAGAGCUCCAGUUAUUUUCCUUCACCAGAGAUCCCUUCUAGUUAUUUUCCUUCACCAGAGCUCCAGGUAGUUUAUGCGUGAUCCCUGGUUUUCCGACAGAGCACUGUCUUGCAUGCGUCAGGAAAGCCGCCUUGGGUGCCACGGUACUUGAGGACGUGUUAUAUGUCUCGGGCGCACGUACAUACUAGCCUGCAGGGACGGCGGAGCCGGAAAAAAAUUGCGAAGUAUGUUUGGUGGCGAUAACAGAGUUGGAAUAUAGUGGCCGGGAGAUGAUGGUGAUGGCACUUAGGUGUCCGCCUGACCCACCCGCCCUGCGUCUCAGGCCAUCUGCGGCUAUGGCACAAUGGGGGGGCAAAGUGUGUCGCAUUUUGUUUAGCAUGACAACUCUGGUGUGGGGACGUUUUUACUCAGGAUAGAGCAGGGCUUUUCCGCAUGGAAGAGCUACUUCCAGACGUGCGAAAUUUUCCUGCCGUUUCUGUUCCAGAAGCAGAUAUGGAUUGCAAAAAUGUCUGGGUCUGGAAGAUUGCAACUUGUCAUGCUAAAUCCGAAUCAUGCAGAAAUCUGUGUUGCAUGAGUGCCAAAAGCUGUCCACUUUCGACCAAGUUUGGAGGGAGUUUCUCAUGCAGGAUUGGCAUGAUAGAGACUUCGCAGAAUCUGUCAUGCGAAGUACCGCAUUCCAGACCUCAUGGGUCAUGGAAAAUCUGCAUGACAAGUUUUCACUUUUCCAGACCCAGACAUUUUUGCAAUCCAUAGCAGAGCAGCCAGAACAACAACCUGGCCUGGGACCGGAAGCAGCCGGAGGUGGCCGACCUCGUCGCCGUGCUAGAGAAGAACAAAGUUUUGCUCGAGCAGGACUUGAAAAAGUUGCUCAUGGACCCGCUGGGCUUGUUGAGCUCGUUGCUCAACGAGGCAGCAGUCAAUGCCAAGACACCGCCUCAACUUCCGAUUGGGGGAAGCAACUCGGCUUCAGGUACUAGUUCUUCCACGGGCGGCGCCGACCACGCUGCAAGAGACCGAGAACAAACGCUAGACUCCUUUGCGCGACUUGUCCGGGAGAAGCAUUCGAAGAGCCAACUCGGGAAAAAUUUGGCAGGAGAGCAGGACGAUGGCAGUGCCGAGAUCGAUGAUGGGAGGAAUUCAAAGCGAGGCAAAAGGUCAGCACAAGUAGAUGAUCAUCAAGAGCAGUACGUUUUUAACCGAAAUACGUUCUUCCACGUAGCCGCGACGAAGCAGGGCGCGUGGAUCAAGUUCGUGCUCUAUACGGGGGAAUACGGCUGGAACCCGAGUUACUGUCCGGCGAAUGUCGCGGAGAAUUACGCGACCAGAAACUUCAACUACGAGCAAAACCUCGUGGGCAAGCAGGUGACGAGCGAGAGGGAGCUGGCAAUCGGGAAGAACAAGCUUCACGCGUGCACCAUUUUCGAGAACAACAACCACCUGCUACCCGGGCACGAGUUCAAAGAUUACUACUUUCUGGCAAACAACGAGGAAGUGUCCUUCCAGUUGUUUCUUCCGCGAACGAAAAUAGGCACGCACAGCGGCGGAUCCAACACGCGGGUCAACUUAGACUUGAAUUUGUUCAACGUAGCCGCGGAGAAUAAACGCAGUCCAGAGGAAGCAGACGAGUCGACCGGAAGAAACACAAAGAAACGGAAGAAGAACAAGAAGCAAAAGAACAGCACCACUACCUCGAGCGACCGUGAACUGACGUCGUUUAUCGAAAAGGAAAUCACGAGUAAUGCACUGUUGCAGCCGUUCGUCACUGGGGAGUUCUACCGCGGACAAAUCGUAGAAGUCGGAGCUGCAUCUUCGUCACGUACUGGACUGGGAGUAGAAGUGGCAGGUGAAGAAGAUAUGUCAUUUGGCAAAAAACUACGUGCAGAUGAAAAUACGAGCGACGUCGUGCACAGGAGGCAUUUCUUUCGACAACGCAUUGGCAAUCGGGAAUACCAACAUGCAGUACUAGAAGAAGAAGGCGCUGCGACGAAAAGCAGGAACGUCAUCUCCAACGAGGACGUCGUAGUGUACGACGACUGCCAAGAUCUCUCGAUAGAAGUCGGAGACCUCCCCGUUUUCAAGUUCCAGGUGGGCAUUAUGCACCCGUCACUGAUAGAGGAACUGGCGGCGCGAACGCGGCCAGCUGGCAGUAGUAGUGGCGGAUCAUCAAGUACUGGUACCGCAGGGUCAGGAAGGAGAGGGAAAGGCGGAGAACUGUGA